AUGAGUGGUGAGAAUCGACGUGAUCCAGAAGAGGAGUACGAUGAGUUGGAUGAUCUCCUAGAUGAGGAUCCAGGUAAGUUAGAAUUCGAAGCGCAACAAGAGGAAAGCACAGAGCCCACCAGUGCUGCCAGGGAUGCAGCGGUAGAGGUAGAGGACCCUGAAGUGAAGGAAAUGAUGCAAGAUUUACAAAAUGAAUUUGCAAAUUUGAUGAAGGAUGGCGACAUGGCCGACAAAGAGAAGGCUGAGCAAGCUGAGAAUUUCCAAAGAAUCUUGGGAAUGUUGGGGGAAGCUAGUAAGACUCCAGGCCCCAUCAAUGGCACUGAAAAGGAACCACAAGGUUUCAAAAAUGUGGUCUCAAAGACUCUCGAUAGAUUAAAAGAGAAUGGUAGUAAAGUGGACACCAAUUUGGCCAAAGAGGAAAAACAAAAGAACACAGACGAUAUACUAUCCCAACUGCUAGACCAAUUGGUUGAAAACGGCAACGUUGGUAAUAAUCAAGAGGGUGAAAAGGGUAUGGAUAAUGCGAUCCUUAACAUUUUGAACCAGAUGUCUUCGAAGGAAGUGCUAUAUCAACCAAUGAAAGACAUGCAAGUCGAAUUGACCCAAUGGCUCGAAGUUCAUAAAGACGAGGAAGAGCACCGCGAUAAGAUGAGUGAUUACAUCAAGCAGCGGGAACUUGUUGAAGACAUAGUCAAGAUCUUUGAAAGCGAAUCCUACUCCAACGAAACCCACAGAGAUCAAAUUACGGAUCUUCUGGAUCAACUAGAACAACUUGGAGAUUCCCCCGUCAGCAAAAGUUUCAACAACAGUGGUGCGGGCAACGAACUUGACGACAUUUCCAAAAUGCUCGAGAUCGACGGUGACGACCCAAACCUUGGAAACAUCGAUAAGGAGCUACAAGACACUUGCAAGCAGCAAUAA